AUAUACAUGUGCCGGUCUUGUCUGGUAUAUAUGUCGUCCUAGUGUGUGUAUAUGAUCGAGCAGUGAAGUGAAAUAACGAAUUCCAUUCCCGAAUCGGAUGUACUGAAUUAAACACAGAAAAGAAAGAUCGAUACCGGCAGCUACUGGGUGGCGGCUAAUAUCCAUAGAGGAAGAGGCAUCAGAAGCUACAGGGGCCAACAAAUCAAGAAAGCAGCAGCUAUAUAACUAGCUAGCGAGUUCAGAAGAGGGGGCCGCACUCUCUGAAGGGGAGGAUCUAGGGAAGAAGGAGGCAUGGCCUGGCCUGAAGACUAAUUACCUUCAAUUCAUUUUACGCCAGCUAGCAGAGAUCGAUCCCUCCGUCCAUGGCUUCCAAAGGCGUAGGAGUAGGAGGAGGAGGAGGAGGAGGAGGUGUGGAGAGGGGGAGGGGGAGGGGUUACCAGCAGCAGCUGCCACGCGACUCCCGGGGAUCCCUGGAGGUCUUCAACCCCUCCUUCCUCCCCACUCCCACCUACACUCUGCGCAAGGACGACGACAAUGCAGCGCAGCGUGCGGUGGAGUGGGGCCUUGUCCUCCACACCGACCACCACACGGGCCGCCCACAGGGUGUCUCCGCCCGCCCCUCCUCUGGCUCCGGCUCCGGCUCUGCCCGCACCAGCUCCGAGGAGACACAGUCCCAUUCCCAGAGCGUCGCCGCCAUCCCCCGCGUCUCGGAGGAGCUGCGCGCCGCGCUGUCCGCGUUCCAGCAGACGUUCGUGGUCUCUGACGCCACCCGCCCCGACCACCCCAUCAUGUACGCCAGCGCCGGAUUCUUCAACAUGACCGGCUACACCGCUAAGGAGGUCGUCGGGAGGAACUGCCGCUUCCUUCAAGGCUCUGCCACCGACCCUCAUGAGAUUCAAAACAUCAGACAAGCCCUCGCCGCUGGCUCCAACUACUGCGGCCGCAUCCUCAACUACAAGAAGGACGGCACGCCCUUCUGGAACCUCUUAACCAUCUCCCCCAUCAAGGAUGAGGAUGGCAGGCUCCUCAAGUUCAUCGGGAUGCAAGUUGAGGUCAGUAAAUACACCGAAGGGAAUAAGGAUGCGGUCGUUCGUCCAAAUGGACUGCCAGAAUCACUCAUCAAAUAUGAUGCUAGACAGAAGGAUCUUGCCCGUAGCUCAGUCUCUGAGCUUGUGUUGGCACUCAAGAAUCCACGCUCAUUGUCAGAAUCAAGCAAUAGCACCUUAAAGAGAAAAUCACAAGAAUCAAUAGAAAUGUCGAUGAACCAAGUGCCUGGCAAGAGAAGCUCUGAAAGUGGUUCUCGCCGGAAUUCUCGUAGCGGAACAAGGAGCUCGCUUCAGAAGAUCAGUGAAGUACCUGAACAAGGGAAUAAAACCAGAAAAUCUGGUCUGCACUCAUUUAUGGGGUAUGCAUACAAGUCAAAUUAUAUGGCAUGUUCCUUGAAUUUAUCUAUGUCUAACUCAAGUUGCACAUGCAGUUUUCUUGGUAUGGGCCAUGGAAGUGUAGAGAAGAACGUGCUGAAACCAAGAGAUGACGAUCCGCUGAUUGAUAGUGAUGAUGAAAGACCUGAGAGCUUUGAAGACGAGUUUAGGAGGAAAGAAAUGAGGAGGGGUAUAGACUUGGCUACUACACUUGAACGUAUCGAGAAGAAUUUUGUCAUCACUGAUCCAAGAUUGCCUGAUAAUCCCAUUAUAUUUGCAUCUGAUAGCUUUCUACAAUUGACAGAAUACAGUCGUGAAGAAAUAUUAGGAAGAAACUGCAGGUUUCUUCAAGGUCCUGAAACUGACCGUGUGACAGUUGGGAAAAUAAGAGAUGCCAUUGAUAACCAUGCAGAGGUCACGGUUCAGUUGAUAAAUUAUACAAAGAGUGGUAAAAAGUUUUGGAAUCUCUUUCACUUACAACCAAUGCGUGAUCAAAAGGGUGACGUUCAAUACUUUAUUGGGGUUCAGUUGGAUGGAACUGAGCGUGUUCGGGAUGAUGCUGCAAAAGAGGGAACCAUGCUGAUUAAGAAAACUGCAGAUAAUAUUGAUGAGGCUGCAAAAGAACUCCCAGAUGCUAAUUUGAGACCAGAAGAUCUAUGGGCUAACCACUCAAAAGUAGUCCUGCCAAAGCCACAUAUGAAGGAUACUGCAUCAUGGAGAGCCAUCCAAAAAGUUCUUGAGAGUGGUGAAAGUAUUGAUUUAAAACAUUUUAGGCCAGUAAAACCUUUAGGAUCUGGUGACACUGGAAGUGUGCACUUGGUAGAGUUGCUAAAUACAGGCAAAUACUUUGCCAUGAAAGCUAUGGAUAAAAGCAUCAUGCUUAAUCGCAAUAAGGUCCACAGAGCUACUGCUGAACGCCAAAUCCUUGAUCUGCUGGACCACCCAUUCCUUCCAACAUUAUAUGCAUCAUUUCAGACAAAGACACAUAUAUGCCUCAUUACUGACUACUGCCCAGGUGGUGAGCUUUUUGUGCUUCUAGACAGGCAACCUCUGAAGGUUCUACACGAAGAUGCAGUCAGGUUCUAUGCUGCUGAAGUGGUCGUUGCGCUAGAAUACCUGCACUGCCAAGGUAUAAUAUACCGAGACUUAAAACCAGAGAAUAUCUUACUUCAUCGAGACGGGCACAUCUCCCUCACAGACUUUGAUCUGUCUUGCCUGACAUCUUGCAGACCGCAGGUGUUUCUUCCAGAAGAUGCUGAUGAGAAAAAGAGGAGGAAAGGCAGGGGUUACCCCAUAUUUUUUGCUGAACCUAUGCGAGCAUCCAAUUCAUUUGUUGGCACGGAGGAGUACAUUGCGCCUGAGAUCAUUACAGGAGCUGGCCAUACUAGUGUUGUUGAUUGGUGGGCUCUAGGAAUUCUUCUGUAUGAAAUGUUGUAUGGUUACACACCUUUUAGAGGGAAAACGAGACAGAGAACGUUUUCGAAUAUCCUGCACAAGGAUAUAAGAUUUCCUGCGAGUAUAACGGUGAGCCUGGCGGGGAGGCAGCUGAUAUACAGACUGCUGCAUAGGGACCCUACCAACAGGCUGGGGUCCUACGAAGGAGCCAACGAGAUUAAAGGGCAUCCCUUCUUCCGCGCCAUCAACUGGCCUCUUAUCCGAGCCACGCCUCCUCCAAAACUGGAGGCCCCACUCUUCUCGGACGACUCCAUGUCCAUGGAGGAGAAGAAGGGACUAGGCGCUGAUAACCACACCGAUAUGUUCUGAACACUAUCAAUGGUGAUCUCAUCUUCCACCGAAGAAAAGAGAGAUUAUUGCUUUUGUGUAGGCCAAGAUGUCCUGCAAAUCUGUCUGUAAUCUAUCGUAUCGUAUGCGGAUCAUCAUAAUAAGCCGGCCCCAACGUAAUGUAUGUUCUACUAGGUUUUUCUUGAGUAA